AAAUAAUAUAAAUCCUAGUGGCAAUUUCAAUAACUCAUUCUCUUUUAAACCAUUUCUUUCUCUUUCUUCAAUAAAACUUUUGAAACCUCCAAAAAAAAAAACCUCAGAGAAAGAAGAAGAAAGAAACAAUGAGAGGACUCUCCACAAAACCCGUUGCGAUAAUCAUCGCAAUUCUCACCGUCCACUUCUUAUUCGCCGCCGUAACCUCCCAAUCCUCCGGCGAUUUCGUACCGAUCGAGUCGAAAUGCAACGGUACCAUCGCCGAGUGCUCCUUAUCCACGGCGGAGGAAGAGUUCGAGAUGGACUCUGAGAUCAACAGGCGUAUUUUAGCAACAACGAAGUAUAUAAGCUACGGUGCGCUGAGGAGAAACACAGUUCCUUGCUCACGACGCGGCGCAUCUUACUACAAUUGCCGACGUGGAGCUCAGGCUAAUCCUUACUCUCGUGGCUGUAGCGCUAUUACUCGUUGCAGGCGAUAAUCUCUUUCUCUAUGUACUUUAAAAUUUUUACUCUCAAAUUCUUUUGUUUUGAUUUUUAUACAAUUUUUCAGAUUAUUAUUUGUUUUGAUUGGUGUUUACUAUGUUUAUACUUUGCAUUGCAAUAUAGUUUCAUACAGUCUCAAUAUAAGUUUGAUAUAUGAACAGAAAUAUAUAUAGAUGUAUUAUACAUUUCUGAUUAAUAUAUCAAAUGUUAUGUAUGGGUGCUUUUUGCAUGUGCUGAAGAAAAAACCAGGUGUUCAUAUUGGAAUUUAUAUGGAUAUUAAAAUUGUAGUUGUUUCAUUUUUUUUUGUAUGAAGGGAAAUAUUUGUAUGAUUGGGGAAGAAAUCAAAUUUGGUAUUUUCCUUAUUUUAUCGGGUUGAAUAAUGAGAUAGUGUAUUAAGAGAAAUAGUAUUAAAUGUGGAGAAGUGGGAAAAUAAGAGAAGAGGCAAUAAUUGGUAUUUGGUUGGGGCCAACUAAAGGGGCAGCUUCACAUGGCAAAUACUUUCGCCAGAAACCACACACACGUGGCGUAUUUAUUACGUUUUUUUCUUCUUCUUAUAAUCUUAUGUAUUCGAUUCAUUUAUUUAAAACUAAUACAAAUUACAUUAAAGUCUAUCAGCAAUAUGUCAAAAGAAUCUGAGUCAUGGAGCCACUUGGAGGAGAAAAAUUGUCAAAACUCAAAAGAGAAGAAAACGUUACACAAUGUAAAGAUGAUGAGAAAAGAAAAUAG